CUCCGGGCGGGUAGGCUCCCGGUGGGGGCGUGGAGACCGAGGGUCGAACCGGCUGCAAGAGUGGGAGGGUCGUGGAUAUGGACCUCUUGCAGUUCCUAGUCUUCCUGUUUGUCCUGCUAGUGUCUGGGACAGGAGUCACUCAGAGGACCUCUGUGGACCCGAGCCUGGAGAUCUACAAGAAGAUGUUUGAGGUGAAGCGACGGGAGCAGCUGUUGGCAUUGAAAAACCUGGUACAGCUGAACGAUGUCCACCAGCAGUACAAGAUCCUUGAUGUCAUGCUCAAGGGGCUCUUUAAGGUGCUGGAGGACUCCCGGACAGUGCUCAUUGCUGCGGACGUGCUCCCCGAUGGGCCCUUCCCCCAGGACGAGAAACUGAAGGACGCUUUCUCCCAAGUGUUGGAGAACACGGCCUUCUUCGGCGAUGUGGUGCUGCGCUUCCCGAGGAUCGUGCACCACUACUUUGACCACAACUCCAACUGGAAUCUCCUCAUCCGCUGGGGCAUCAGCUUCUGCAACCAGUCAGGCGUCUUUGACCAGGGGCCCCACUCGCCCAUCCUCAGCCUGAUGGCCCAGGAGCUGGGGAUCAGCGAGAAAGACUCUGACUUCCAGAACCCAUUUAAAGUAGACCACACAGAGUUCAUUUCUAGCACUGACCCUUUCCAGAAGGCCCUGAGAGAAGAGGAGAAACGUCGGAAAAAAGAGGAGAAGCGGAAAGAGAUCCGAAAAGGCCCGCGGAUUUCGCGAUCCCAGUCCGAGUUAUAGCCCCGUUGCAGCCCAUGGUUCAGGGGGCCAGGAGGAAGAGGAGGAGGCAGCGUGGCCAAGGUGAAGCGGUGCUGCCUGGCUGGUGCUUCACUGGCAAAGUGGACAUGAUAACAUCUGAACUGCUUCUCCAAGGCCGGUCCUGGCUUCUCAAUGACAGGUGUCCUUCUCUGAUGGUUCUUCACUCGUCCCAUAGAUUUGCUGAGCACCCACUGUAAGCCCAGCCAAAGAGAGGGGUCCAGUCUCACCUGUCUUCACCUCUGCCCCAUCUGGUACCUUCAUCCUCCUGCGCUCUUCCUUCUACACCUUCAGCCUCUGUCCAUCUUGGUUGAUCUCUUCCUCUCCAUCUUCAAAUGGUUCCAAGUUUUCCCAUCUGACACCUUCAGACAAACCAACAGAACUACCCUGCUCUCCCCCGCUCCUGCCCUUUGCUGCACUGUUGAUUGUGUGCUCACUUGUUCCCGGAACUGCACCUUGAGUCAUACUGUAGGCAGAGCCUGUCCACUCCCCUGCUGGGAGCUGCAGAGGCCCUAGGGUACUCGCUUGUCCAGCCUCCUUGCAGCUAGCAUUCAGUUCUGUGACUGAAGUGCCACUAAGCAGAUGCACCGUGCGAGUGUGGUGGUGGAAACGGUGGCCCCAGACGUCAGGGGGAUUCCUAGUGGCCAGACCAGCUCCAAGGGUGCCUGCUGGUGGCAACAGUGAUGUCUUCAUUGGUGCGUUCAGCAUGGUCCUGGACGUUGUUCCUGUCUGUUGAGCUUCCAGACACGAUCUGAGACACCCGUGGAAAAUCUGGGAGCUGCCAGUAUCCCCUAAGGCAGGGCUCCUCAACAGUGGGACCAGAUAAUUCUCUGUUGUGAGGAGGUCUGUGUAUGUGAGAUAUUUAGCGGCAUUCUUGGCCUCUGCUCACUAGAUGUCUGUGGUCAUCUCCCAGUUAUGACAACCAAACAUGUCUCCAGACAUUGCUGGAUGUCCCCUGGGGGCAAAACCUUCCUGGCCACAACCCUUCUUUCUCCUUAUCUCAGCCCCACAUCUUCCUGUGCUGUCUGUCCCUCACUGCCCGGAGAUGCUGUGAUAGUUCCUGAGGAUCCUCCCAGGCCUCGGGGCCACUGUGUCGUCCUUGUUCUCUGCCCUAGGUCUGAGUCUGCUCUGUCUCUUCCCGAUUUCUCUUUCCUCACCUGCGCCCUAAAUAAAGAGUUUACUGGCUUA